UGGAUGUAGAGAAAAGGCCUAUCUACUAAAAGAUCUCAUUUUUAACAAAAUCUUAAACUAAGACACCUCAGUCCCAACGAACCCGCCACGAAAGUUUCAGUCUUUUCUUAAUAAAAUUCACUGAAGAGUAAUGGGUCGGCCGAACUUCUUUGGAAGAAGCAACAGGCAUCAAAGGAUCAGGCUAGUUUUGGUUCAGAUGGAACACUAAUUAAGAUCCACUAUUAGUGGCCUUGAAACUGGAGAAUGCUACAUAACUGCAUCAUUACAAGAACAUGAUUAGGUGGUUUCUAUUCACUAAGGUUGGAACCUCUAAUUUCCUAUGUAAAUCUCAGUUUGGAUUUAGUUAUCAGCAGAAGUUUAGUUUGGUAAAUGUAAAGUUGAAAUGGGUGAAAGAUGCUACACUUGAUGAUGUUGUGACUUUUGAUAAGGAUCUCAAAGCAGCUUCUACUCUUGUUACCCUUAUAUCCUCUUCACCUCAGCGUAAACUUCCUAUUUAUCACCUCGUCUGUCAUCGUGGACAACUCGGUCUCCCCAUUGAUCUCAAGCUCUCAACCUUCAUUAGGAGAUACCCUUCCAUUUUUCUCGAGUCACAUGUUCUCGACACUGGUGGAACUCGAGUCCCUUGCUUCAGCUUAACUCGGGAAGCUCAAGAAUUACACGAAGAAGAACUACAUGUGCUCGAGCUGAAUCAGAGUGAUCUUCUCACUAGGCUACGCAAACUCUUCAUGCUUACAAGAAACUUGAGCCUUCCUUUACAAACCAUAGACCAGUUGAGAUGGGACUUUGGCUUGCCAUAUGAUUACCGCCUUACUUUCAUUCCUCGUCACCUUGACAUGUUCUCUUUUGUUAAGCUUCCUGAUAAACGAGAUGGCUUGAAGCAUAAGAUAUGGGACGAUGAACUCGCUGUGUCUGAACUGGUUAGGAAUUCUGCUUCACAACAAAUAGAAGAAGACAUGAAGAGUGGCUGCUUAGCCUUUCCAAUUGGAUUCACUAGAGGUUUUGGGCUCAAGAGAAAAUGCAUGGAAUGGUUAAAAGAGUGGCAGAGUUUGCCAUACACUUCCCCAUACAUCGACACAUCCCAUUUGGAUCCACGAACUGAUGUGUCCGAGAAAAGGGUUGUUGGAGUCUUUCACGAGCUUCUCCACCUCACCCUGCAAAAGAAGACCGAACGCAAGAAUGUGAGCAAUCUCCGAAAGCCACUAGCCUUACCUCAAAAGUUUACUAGAGCUUUUGAGCGCCAUCCGGGCAUAUUUUACAUAUCAAAGAAGUGUGACACUCAAACUGUGAUUCUCAGGGAAGCUUAUGAUGGUGGCAAGCUCUUGCAUAGACAUAGACACCCCUUACUCGAAAUCAGGGAAAAAUUUGCAGGCAUGCUUAGAGAAGGGCUACUAGAUAGAAGUAAGGGUUUGUACAAGAAAAGUAGAAGAGUUGUUGUGGAAGAAGAUGACCCAACAAAACAUGGAUCAAGUUCUGAGUUGGAGUUUGACAUUGACACUCAUGAGCACUAUUCAUCAAAGUUGAACAAUCAAAGUUGUUAGAUGACAAAUUAGAUAAUUGCAAAAUCUUGUGCUACAGAAUCAAUGUUUAACGAACUCUGUUUGUAGUAGUAAUUGAGUUGAGUAGAUUUAUGUUAAUGAUGAUAAAUUGCAGCAGAAUUUGCUUUGAU